UCUCUAACACGUUCCAUCCCCAGAAACUUGACAAUUGCCAUAUCUUAAUAGGCAAGAACAUUCUGGAAAUACAACCUUUACCCUUUAUAAAACCACCCAUCUACUAUACUUCCUCCUCAUCAAGAGAAAAAACAAGCUAUCAGUGAUAUCGUGCAAACUAUUUCUGUGUAAUAUUCGUCUAUUCAAUCUGUUUUUUGGUGGGUGAUCGGAAAUAUGUCGGGGAAAGGUGAAGGUCCGGCGAUUGGUAUUGAUUUAGGAACGACUUACUCAUGCGUCGGUGUUUGGCAGCAUGAUCGUGUGGAGAUCAUUGCUAAUGAUCAGGGAAACAGGACGACGCCGUCUUAUGUUGCUUUUACGGACACCGAGCGUCUUAUUGGGGAUGCCGCCAAGAAUCAGGUGGCCAUGAAUCCAACAAAUACUGUUUUCGAUGCUAAGCGUUUAAUCGGGAGAAGAUUCUCUGAUCCAUCGGUGCAAAGUGACAUGAAGCAUUGGCCGUUUAAAGUCGUCCCGGGCGCCGGAGACAAACCCAUGAUUGUCGUCAACUACAAGGGCGAAGACAAGCAAUUCUCUGCUGAAGAAAUCUCCUCCAUGGUUUUAAUCAAGAUGAAAGAAAUCGCUGAAGCCUACCUAGGCAUCACAAUCAAGAAUGCGGUGGUCACCGUCCCUGCAUACUUCAACGACUCUCAGCGACAGGCCACCAAGGACGCCGGUGUCAUCUCUGGUCUUAACGUCAUGAGAAUCAUCAACGAACCAACUGCAGCCGCCAUUGCUUAUGGGCUCGACAAGAAGGCUUCAAGUGUUGGCGAGAAGAACGUGCUGAUUUUUGACUUGGGUGGUGGCACUUUUGAUGUCUCUCUUCUCACCAUUGAAGAGGGCAUUUUCGAGGUGAAGUCGACUGCCGGAGAUACUCAUUUGGGCGGGGAAGAUUUCGAUAACAGGAUGGUUAACCACUUCGUUCAGGAGUUCAAGAGGAAGAACAAGAAAGAUAUUAGUGGGAACGCAAGGGCUUUGAGGAGAUUGAGAACCGCUUGUGAAAGAGCAAAGAGGACUCUUUCAUCAACAGCUCAAACCACAAUCGAAAUUGAUUCUCUAUAUGAAGGAAUCGAUUUCUACUCGACAAUUACCCGUGCAAGAUUCGAAGAAUUGAACAUGGAUUUGUUCAGAAAGUGUAUGGAUCCAGUCGAGAAGUGUUUGAGAGACGCGAAGAUGGAUAAGAGCAACGUACACGACGUGGUUCUCGUGGGUGGGUCAACCCGGAUUCCUAAAGUUCAACAACUGUUGCAGGAUUUCUUCAACGGGAAAGAUCUCUGUAAGAGCAUCAACCCAGAUGAAGCGGUGGCUUAUGGUGCUGCAGUUCAGGCCGCCAUCUUAAGCGGCGAAGGAAACGAAAAAGUUCAGGAUCUGCUUCUUCUCGAUGUCACCCCUCUGUCUCUAGGGCUUGAAACCGCUGGUGGUGUUAUGACGGUGUUGAUACCCAGAAACACCACAAUUCCGACCAAGAAAGAGCAGGUGUUCUCUACUUAUUCGGAUAAUCAACCAGGCGUUUUGAUUCAGGUUUACGAAGGUGAAAGAACACGAACUAAAGACAACAACCUGCUCGGAAAAUUCGAGCUUUCCGGGAUCCCUCCUGCUCCUCGUGGUGUUCCACAGAUCACCGUCUGUUUCGACAUUGAUGCUAACGGGAUUUUGAAUGUGUCGGCUGAAGAUAAAACGACAGGGCAGAAGAACAAGAUCACGAUUACAAAUGAUAAAGGGAGACUGUCGAAGGAGGAGAUAGAGAAGAUGGUGCAGGAAGCGGAGAAAUAUAAGGCGGAGGAUGAAGAACACAAGAAGAAGGUGGAAGCGAAGAACACGUUGGAGAACUAUGCGUAUAACAUGAGGAACACUAUUAAAGAUGAGAAGAUAAGCUCAAAGCUGGCGGCGGAUGACAGGAAGAAGGUGGAGGAUGCGGUGGAGGAGGCGAUCCACUGGUUGGAUGGGAACCAGCUGGCGGAGGUUGAUGAGUUUGAGGACAAGAUGAAGGAGCUUGAAGGGAUAUGUAAUCCGAUUAUUGCAAAGAUGUAUCAGGGCGGUGCAGGUGGGCCGGAUAUGGGUGGAGGUAUGGAGGAUGACGGACCUUCCACCGGUGGUGGCGCUGGACCCAAGAUUGAAGAGGUGGAUUAAGGGUGAUCGAGAAUGGUGAGAUGAAUGUAGGAUUAUGGGUUUUGGUGUAAGGAAGAGAGUAGUAGUUUGGUGGUUGUGGUGUAGAGGGUUAUGAGUUAUGAAGUUAUAAUAAAAGUUGUCUAUUUUAAUGAA